AUGGACAAUUCAACAGGCUCUCUGGCGCCUAAUACAAAUACACCGACCCCUACUCCAGAAGUAGAACUUAAUCCACAAAGAGUAAAAGCACUUAUGAAGAAACUAAAAGAUGAAUUAGAAGCAAGUAAAACAGAAACAGACCCAGUAAAAGUUAGAGAACAUUUAUCAGUAGUUGAAAAAAUUAAAAGAGUUUUGGUGGCAUUUCAAGAAAAGAAACAAAAUCAACAACAACAACAACAACAACAACAACAACAACAAUUAAGAAAUAAUAGUGUAACUAACUCAGAGAAUACAGUAAUACCAAAUAAUGAAAAUCAAUUAAAUUCAGCUUCUACAAUAGCGAAUCAUCAAGUGAGUCAACGUCCAAAUUCAAUUUCAACUUCUCAAUCACAAACUCCAAUAUCUACUCCUUCUCAUACUCCAUCUGGUCUCACACAACAACAAUCCCAACCACAUUCACAAUCUCAAUUUCAAUCUCAAUCUCAACCUCAAUCUCAACCUCAAUUUCGUCCUCAAAGCCAAACUUCCACUCAAGCUCAUCAAUCAGCAUCUCAAGUUCCAUCACAAGUAACAUCACAAAUACAAGCUCGAGGUUCACCUCAAUUACAACCACAAUCACAAUCACAACCACCAUCACAACCACCAUCACAACCACCAUCACAACCACCAAUACAAUCACAAAGUCAAGUCCAAUCACCUCAGUUAUCGCAAAUUCAAUCACCAGUUCCUCAAAAGCCCACCACUACUACCAACUCAAAUGAAAAUCAAAAAGUAACCAUUGAAAAAUAUCAACAAGUUAAAAAUGUGUUAAAAGAUUUAGUUGAAAAAGUUCAAAACUUAACAAGUGCAAAAGAAAAAGAAACUGAUCCAAUUAAGAAGCAAAGUUAUGAUAAAUCAAUAGCUGAAAAUAGAACUUUACUUCAACAAUAUCAUAGAGGUGCAAUAUAUAUGAGAUCAGUUUUAGUUGAAUCUGGGAGAUUAUCUGCAAAUUCAACUCCAGUAAAUGUAUCAUCUCCUAAAAUUGCGACUACAAAUACAGCAAACCAAUCAGCUACUCCCCUAACCCAAUUAAAUGCAAAUAAAAACACAAGUAAUGAAAUAACUUCAAGCUCAUCAUUGACUGAUUUGUCUGGAAAAUCAGAAAAUUCAACUGCAUCUAUUGCAAAUUCAAACAUUGUAAAUAAAAAAUCCACAUCACCAGCUGCAACAAUUAAUUCAUUAGCAAAACCUCCAUUAACUACCACCACUACUACUCCUACAAUAGCUACUCCCGGUAUUUUGUCAUCCACUGCCAAUGUUAAAACUCCUACUGUAUCAAGAGUUGCAAGUUCAGUGAGACUAUCAACUCCAAACCAACCAAUGAAUCCAACAUCUACUGUUAAUUCAGCUAUCAAGCGUCCUUUACUUAAUAAUAACCCAAUUAAUCUGACAUCAACUACUAAUCUAGUAAACUCAUUAAAUUAUUUUCAAGAUUCUACAAGAACUCCAACCAAUAUACCAGAUAAUGAGGGUAGAGUUUUGACUAAACGUAAAUUAAAUGAAUUAAUAACAAAUAUAUCGAUUGAUCAAGGUGAUUCUAAAACAGCAGUUGAUAAUGAUGUUGAAGAAAUUUUCUUAGAUUUAGCUGAUGAAUUUGUACGUAAUGUUACGGAAUUUUCAUGUAAUUUAGCAAAACAUAGAAAAUUAGAUAAAGUUGAUAUAAGAGAUGUUCAAUUAAAUCUUGAAAAUAAUUGGGGUAUUAAAGUUCCUGGUUAUAUGUCUGAUGAAAUAAAAGCAGCAAGAAGAUGGACUAAGAAAUCAGAUCAAAAAAAAUAA